AAGAAGAGCCCAAAGUAACAAUUUGGGCCUAGGGUUUGUCAUAAGUAUUUAAUUCUCCCUUCUAGGGUUUAGAUUUUUCUAUCCCCAAUACACAGUGAAACCUGCAGCCGGACUUUGCACUUUGCACAUUCUUCGGUUGUCGAGAUGUUCACUUCAAGGAAGAAAAUCAGCAAAGAUAAGGGUGCUGAGCCAACUGAAUUUGAAGAAUCAGUUGGACAGGCUUUGUUCGAUUUGGAGAAUACCAACCAUGAACUCAAAAGUGAGCUAAAGGAUUUAUAUAUCAAUUCAGCCGUCCAAGUUGAUGUGUCUGGCAAUCGCAAGGCUGUGCUUAUCAAUGUCCCCUACAGACUGAGGAAGGGUUUCCGAAAGAUUCAUGUCAGGCUUGUUCGGGAGCUUGAGAAGAAAUUCAGUGGCAAGGAUGUAAUCCUGAUUGCCACAAGGAGGAUUGUAAGGCCACCGAAGAAGGGUUCAGCUGCUCAGCGCCCCCGCAGCCGCACACUCACUGCUGUGCACGAGGCAAUGUUGGAGGAUGUUGUAUUACCAGCUGAGAUUGUUGGAAAGCGUAUCAGAUACCGUGUUGAUGGGUCAAAGGUCAUGAAGGUGUUUUUGGACCCAAAGGAGAGAAACAAUACAGAAUACAAGUUGGAGACCUUCGCUGCAGUUUAUAGGAAACUUUCAGGCAAAGAUGUUGUUUUUGAAUAUCCUAUUACUGAGGCUUAGAUUCUAGUUUUUCCAGUUUUGUAUGUUUUUUCAUGAAUUGCAUAUGGUGAAUUCUUGUUAAAUUUUGUUGAAGUUGGCCAUGAUUCUGUUUUUUGUUUGGUGACAUUUGAAAACAACUUCGGUUUAUUUCAUUAAUGUAGCCUAUGAUAUACUAUUUAUAAUAGCAUCCAAUGACUUGAGCUUA